GGGGAGAACCCUGUACACGCGUUUUGUUUUUGUAAUAACUAUUGUUUUAUACUGAUUAAAAUCGCCGGAUUACCUCACAAUACUAAGGGUACAUCAGAACACGGAAUGACACGUCUCGGUUUCUAUGGUGAUUGCAAAAAAACAAGACGUUUUUAAAAUAAUAAAGGUUUGCGUAGUUUUGUUCUAAAUAUAUCCAGGAAGACAAUGUGUUGCAGUAAUGAAACGGUUUGAAAAUGUCUUCACACAAUGAAAGGACUGGACUUCAGCCACUGACAAAAAGUAGUUUAAUCUCGAAAGAAAACGGCCAGCUCAGGGAACCCUGGAAAAAGUACACUGAACAGAAAAACAGUAUUGUGGGAUUUAUCGGUUCCCAGCUGAGCAGCGAAGCUCUCCGAAGGUACAAGGUUAGAGUGGACAUCAUGAAAAAGUCUUCACACUACAUGGACGUCAUGUGGAAAGAUUUAUCGUUUGGCGACCAGAACUACAUGACAACUUCCACUAUGUUUCAUCUGAUUGAUCCGUGGAAAUUUCAACGGAUGAAGAAAAUAGGAACCACCCAGGUAAAAAUCAAGCUGUAUCUUCUAGAAGAAUUUUAUAAAGAGAUCAAGCACGGGAAGGAGCAACUGGAGACCAUCCUACGCACUUACGACAUGGCGACCUUCUCGUCGGAAUGGGAGUCUAUCCGAGAAAGGCUUGCACACGUCACCAAAGCGCUUUCAGAUUUCAAUUCUGUUCUGAUACCAGGCAAGCUUCACACAAAACACCGGCUCAUCUCCGACAUGGGACACACCAAAAUCCCACACAUUAGACUGGCUGUUAACAUAAAGAUGCCUGUAGUCUUUGACAAAAAGGAGUCACACUCUUUCCAACAGAGUGCAAUGCUUAAGUGGUAUAUAGAAGGCCAGUCAACUCUCCACCCCUCUGAACAGUUUGAAGUCAGAUACAAACUAAUAACCCCAACCACACUGGAGGAAGGCAGUCAGUUUGGGACCAUUACUGCAUCUUCGUUCAGCAUUGAAAUUGGAAACCUUCUGCCUGAGAAAAGCUACGAGUUUACUAUUAAGAGGGCAGAGACCUACUGUUUACUUUAUGGAUUCUGGAAUGACACAAUCAUCUUAAAAACAAAACCCAGCCCAAGCGACCAUGUGGAUUAUUUUAAAAAAGCCAGCUGCUGUUUUGUGUAGAAUCUUAAUUAGCAAAGCCAAAAAAAACUAACAAAACAAGUUUAACAAAUAAAUCAGCAGUUACCUUGCAUCCAGAUGUCUGUAGACAUAUUGGUAGUUUUUUUUUCCUAUCUUGGUUGAAUAACAAUACAGGCUUGGAUGCAAAGACUAGAGAAGAAAGACAAAGAAGGGUAUUACUGGUAUUUUGUGGUAGAUAUUAAACAUUUAAAUAGUUGUGGAUUAAGA